AUGUAUCGAAUCAAAUCCUGGAAGAAGAAGAGUUGGAGGAAGAAGAAGACGGGAGAAGAUGAAUCGAUAUGUAAGAAGAAGACGGCCGCGAGAAUAAGGGCUUCAGGGAGACAUGAACUGGUGAGGUACAUAUUGUGGAUAAGACUGUUUCGUGUGCGCAAAGUUACUGGUUUUUUCCAUAGGCUUGAGAAAGACACGAGAGUCAACUAUCUCUUCACAAGAAUCUUGAAGCUCGUUUUCGUCGAAGUCUAUUGUACUCACACUGCUGCUUGCAUCUUCUAUUACUUGGCCACCAGUCUUCCUCCUGAGAAGGAGGGUUACACUUGGAUCGGUAGCCUGAAACUAGGAGACUACAGCUACGAGAACUUCCGACAAAUAGAUCUUUGGAAACGUUACAUCACGUCUCUCUACUUCGCCAUUGUCACUAUGGCCACUGUCGACUGUUCAUCAGAGUUUAUUAAUCAGAUAGUUAUAAGGCUACAUGAAGAGUAUUUUCUUCCGGGAGAAGUAAUUACAGAGCAAGGAAACGUCGUGGAUAAUUUGUAUUUCGUCUGUGAAGGCUUACUUGAAGCUAUUGUUACAAGAACAGAUGGAACGGAAGAGAGUGUGACGUUUCUUGGACCUCACGCUUCUUUUGGAGAUAUCUCCAUCAUGUGCAACAUCUCUCAACCUUUCACAGUUAGGGUUUGUGAUUUAUGCCAUCUUUUACGCCUCGAUAAACAGUCUUUCUCCAACAUCCUCGAGAUUUAUUUCCAAGACGGACGCAAAAUCUUGAACAAUCUUAUGGAGGGUAAGCAAACGAAUGAGAGGGUAAAGAAGUUAGAGUCUGACCUUAUGAUUCACAUUGGGAAGCAAGAAGCAGAGCUUGCAUUGAAAUUAAACAGUGCAGCUUUUCAAGGAGAUAUCUACCAUCUUAAAAGCUUAAUCCGCGCUGGAGCCGAUCCUAACAAACAGAUUACGAUGGAAGAUGACCACUUCAUGGAUCCAAACAGUGAAGAUUAUGAUCACAGAAAGCCGCUCCAUAUCGCUGCUUCUGAAGGCUUAUACCUGAUGGCUAAGAUGCUUGUUGAAGCAGGAGCUAGUGUCAUCGCUAGAGACCGUUGGGGAAACUCUCCGCUUGAUGAAGCUCGAAUGUGCGGAAACAAGAAACUGAUCAAGUUACUAGAAGAUGCCAAAACCGCCAAGUGA